UAUCUGCCUGCCUGGUUCGGCCGAACUGGUCAUGAUGGCACCAGGAAAUGAUGCGGACCUCUCUGUUGACUAUUAUGAACUGCUGUCGAUCCCGGCGACAGCCUCAGAGUCUGAGAUACGUCGUGCAUACCGGAAGACUUCCCUCCUCUAUCAUCCUGACAAAGUCAAGCCGACGCCGGAAAAUCUGGACAGAUUCCAACUUCUCCAGACCGCGAUCAACGUCUUGACUGAUGCCGCUGAAAAACUAAAGUAUGACCAGACACGAGAGGCGAGGCAACGGCGUCUCGCCGAGACCGCCGCCUUGGAAAGCCGGAGGAGGAAGAUGAAAGAGGACCUGGAAAAGAGAGAGGGCGGUGCACCGGCUGCGGUCAAUGGCGCAAAGAGAAGUUGGAGCGACAGGGAACUGGAGAUCAAGAGGAUAGCGGAAGAGAAUCGAAGGCGGAGAGAAGCCGCAGUGGCGCAGAAAGUCCAGGAGGCGCAGGCCAGGACAGACGCCCAGGCGCGGGAAAACACCACGCCGUCGGACUCGAUAGAUCGCUCGGUCAAGGUCCGCUGGGUGAAGGAAGGUGAGGGACUGGACAUCGACCAGGACGCCCUGGAGGAAGAUUUCUCUGCCGGCGACGUCGAAAAUGUCCUCGUGCUCAAGGACAAAAAGCGGCGCAUCGAAGGGAGAGACAAGAAAGUCUUGCUCGGAACCGCCGUGAUCGUCUUCAAGUCGGUCGGUCUCGCGAAAAAGGUGGUCUCCCAGGGCCCGUGGGAGGGUAUCGAGAGUGUGGAAUGGGCCGCGUCGAAAGAACCAGACGGUACUUGAAAGCCCUUUAAACACGAACGCUUCUAUCAAUCCCCCGUGCAAUACAUCACGAAUGAAGAGCAUACGUCGACUACGACUACGACUGUGACCAUGCAUGGAUAUUCCGGGAGAUUUUUCGAGUAGCACAAAGGCUUGCGACACGGUCUCCUGAGACCCCGGCAUCAAAAGGUUGACAUUUGGCCUCCGUUCUGCAGCACCUGUCGGUGGCCACGCUGUUGAGCAGCAUCCGGGUCGAAUGCCAGAGCUCUCUUCUCAAGGUCCCAUCAACAAAUUCCGGGCUCUUGCGAUUGAUGAAUGGACGUGCUGCUGAAUGUUCUCCAGGUCCUGUCCUAUAGACACAUCUGAGUGUCGAAAUAACAUUAUCAUCACGAUGUUGGUGGGAAUUCGGCGACGUCGCUGCCAAAACACAAAAGUGUAGGUUGAACUACAUGCGAGUUCAAAGCGGUGUCUUGUCGUCCCAAUAGGAUCAGACACUACAAUGACCGCCACGCGCUCGUCUCUUGGCUCCCCUGAUCCCCAAGUCGGAUUCUGGUUUGAUGGGGACUUUCUCGUAUAGCAAGUUUGAAAUGGAGUCAAGAUUCCGGGACAUUCGUUUGUUAUACAAGAUCUAAUCAACUUCCUCAUCUUCAUCCUGUUCUUCAACG